CCCGCACUUCCAGACCUACUAAAAGGCCAGUUUAGCGAGUUUUUUUUCCGUGCGUGUGGGGCCCUGCCUCUUAGGAUGGGGGACACAGACUUUUCCUGGGUAGAAUUUUAGUCCUCCGUUUGUUUUGGGGAUUUUCUUCCCGUCGCCGCCAGAAAGCUGAAGAGAGAGCAGGAAUGUCUCUGCCGAGCUGAGCUCGGAUCAUAAAGGAAUACCGGUUCUCACGGCUACCGAGUAACCGAGAGGAGCCGGCGGAGCCGCGCUUUUCCACGGACCUUUCUCCCAGAGGAGGAACCAGGGCUUCGGAUUGAGCAACAGCGGGACCCCGGGAGGGCGGCUCGGCUGUCUGGCUCCAGUCGUGGCCUGGCUGCGGGCACUCCCAGCUCACCCGCUAGCUUGGACCUCCGCCGAGGCGAGAACAGCGCAGACCAAGCGACGCUGAGGCCCGUGGACCUUAUUUAAUUUUCCGCGUGCCGUGGAUCUCUGUAGAGAGUUUUUGAACUGAGGGAGUUCAUCCUCCAGGAACAAUGGCGUCGUACGUGGAUAACCGCUUUCGUCAGGCGGUGAUGAUGAAUCCGGCUGAAAGGACUCAACAGGACCUGGAGAUCGUCUACUCCUAUCUCCAUGGGAUGGAGGCCUUGUCCAACCUGAGGGAGCAUCAGCUGAGGAUGAUGUGUGAGACGGUGCGCUAUGAGAGGCACGAGGCCAACGAGGUGCUCUACUGCCCUGAAGACAUCGGCAGCUGCUGGUACAUCCUGUUGUCUGGUUCCGUUUUCAUCAAAGAGUCCAUGUUCCUCCCUAGAAGCAGUUUUGGGAAGAGAUCAGCUGGCAGCCUGCGGCGUGGAUGUGAGUGCAUCGUGCUGGAACCCUCAGAGAUGAUCGUGGUGGACUAUAUGGAUGAAAAUGAGGAAUACUUUCAGCGACAAGCCUCACACAGACAGUCCCGCCGGCGCUUUCGGAAAAUCAACCAGAAAGGGGAGAGGCAGACGAUCAUCGACACUGUGGAUCCGUACCCCACCGGGAAGCCUCCCAUAGCCCGGGGUUACCACACGGAAUGCAGGAAAGCUCAGCUUCCUGCAGACUUCAGCAGACUUCACCUGGCCGACGGCUUACACCCACAGGUGACCCACGUUUCCUCCAGCCACUCAGGAUGUAGUAUCACCAGCGACUCUGGAAGCAGCAGCCUGUCAGACAUUUAUCAGGCCACAGAGAACGAGCCGGGCGACAUGGACCUGAGCGGCCUGCCGGAGACCGCCGUCGACUCCGAGGAGGACGACGAUGAGGAGGACAUCGAGCGAGCGUCGGACCCUCUGAUGAGCCGGGACAUUGUGCGGGACUGCCUGGAGAAGGACCCCAUCGACCGCACAGACGAUGACAUAGAGCAAUUACUGGAGUUCAUGCAUCAGCUGCCAGCGUUUGCUAACAUGACCAUGUCAGUGAGGAAGCAACUAUGCGCCGUCAUGGUGUUUGCUGUGGUGGAGCGUGCCGGCACCAUCGUUCUUAACGAUGGGGAGGAGCUGGACUCGUGGUCCGUGAUCCUGAACGGGUCGGUGGAGGUGACGUACCCCGACAGCCGGACUGAAGUCCUGUGCAUGGGCAACAGCUUCGGGGUGUCCCCCACCAUGGAGAAGGAGUACAUGAAAGGUGUCAUGAAGACCAAGGUGGACGACUGCCAGUUUGUGUGUAUAGCCCAGCAAGAGUACUGCUGCAUCCUCAACCAGGUGGAGAAGAACAUGCAGAGGGUUGAGGAAGAAGGAGAGAUCGUUAUGGUGAAAGAGCACCGGGAACUGGAUCGCACCGGCACCAGGAAAGGUCACAUCGUCAUCAAGGGCACAGCUGAACGCCUCACCAUGCACCUGGUGGAGGAGCAUUCAGUGGUGGACCCCACCUACAUUGAAGACUUCCUGCUGACCUACAGGACCUUCCUCUCUAGCCCCAUGGUUGUGGGCAAGAAGCUCCUGGAGUGGUUUCAUGACCCCAGCCUCAGGGACAAGGUUACCCGGGUGGUUUUGCUGUGGGUGAACAAUCACUUCAACGACUUUGAGGGCGACCCCGCCAUGACCCGCUUUCUGGAGGAGUUUGAAAACAUGCUGGAGAAAGAAAAAAUGUGUGGACACCUCAGACUGUUAAACAUAGCGUGUGCUGCCAAAGCCAAGCCGCGGCUGGUGACGCUGACCAAGCCGUCCAGGGACUCUCCUCUGGGGUUCAGCCUCCUGGGAGGGCAGGAGAAAGGCUCUCGCAUCUUCAUUGAUGCUGUGGAGCCGGGGAGCAAGGCAGCAGAAGUUGGCCUUAAACGUGGAGAUCAGAUCUUGGAGGUCAAUGGACAGAAUUUUGAAAAUGUCCAGCUCAGCAAAGCCAGUGAGAUUCUGAAGAACAACACCCACUUGUCCAUAACUGUGAAGACAAAUCUUUUAGUGUUUAAGGAGCUGCUAACACGGCCUGAGCACGACCACGACACGGACGUGGAGGACGACCACGACAGGAAGAACGGGGCUCCCCACCAGCCAAAGAUUGGAGAUAUCAAGAAGGCCAGCCGCCACUCCAUCCCGGACCUGGCGGUGGACGUGGAGCAGGUGAUGGGUCUGGAGAAAGCCAGCAAGAAGGCCAAAGCCAACACGGUCGGAGGACGCAACAAGUUAAAGAAGAUCUUUGACAAGACGCUCACCAGCAUCCUGCCUCCCAAACCAUACAACGACGUUUGCGUGGGCCAAUCACAGGAUGACAGCAUACUGGGGAUGAAGCAGUCCAAGCAGAUCCCACCCGCGCUGCCGGUCAGUGGAAACUUGUCGUCCUCAAACCCAGACCUCCUGCAGUCGCACCACCGCAUCCUGGACUUCAACAACCAGCCUGUACCGGUCCUUCUGAACAUGUCAGACCAAGUGCUGCGGGUUUUCAAGGCAGACCAGCAGUCGCGGUACAUCAUGAUCGGAAAGGACACCACGGCUAAGGAGGUGGUGGUCCAGGCCAUCAGGGAGUUCGCUCUGACUGCAGCCCCGGAGGCGUACUCGCUGUGUGAGGUGUCUGUCACUCCGGAGGGGGUCAUUAAGCAGCGCCGCUUACCUGACCAACUUUCAAAACUGGCUGACAGGAUUCAGCUGAGCGGCAGAUACUACCUGAAAAGCAACAUGGAGACGGAGACAUUAUGCUCGGACGAGGAUGCCCAGGACCUCCUACGAGAAGGCCAGAUCUCCCUGCUGCAGCUCAGCACUGUGGAAGUGGCCACGCAGCUCUCCAUGCGAGCUUUUGAGUUGUUCUGCGCCAUCGAGCCCACCGAGUACAUCGAUGACCUGUUCAAGCGGCGCUCAAAGACGGGUUCUGCCAGCCUGAAGCGCUUCGAGGAGGCCAUCAACCACGAGACCUUCUGGGUGGCCUCAGAGGUGACGCGGGAGCCUAACCAGCUCAAGCGGAUGAAGAUCAUCAAGCAUUUCAUCAAGAUUGCCCUACACUGUCGAGAGUGUAAGAACUUCAGCUCCAUGUUUGCCAUCAUCAGUGGCUUGAACUUAGCUCCAGUCUCCAGACUGAGGGGAACAUGGGAGAAACUACCCAGCAAGUAUGAGAAGCUGUUUGGGGACCUGCAGGACCUUUUUGACCCGUCUAGGAAUAUGGCCAAGUACCGCAACGUUCUGAACAACCAGAACCUCCAGCCACCAAUCAUCCCUCUGUUCCCAGUCAUCAAGAAGGACCUGACCUUCCUGCAUGAAGGCAACGACUCUAAAGUGGACGGCCUGGUGAACUUUGAGAAGCUGAGGAUGAUUGCUAAAGAAAUCCGCCACGUGGGUCGGAUGGCGUCUGUUAACAUGGACCCGGCGCUUAUGUUUCGGACCAGGAAGAAGAAAUGGAGAAGUUUAGGGUCUCUCAGUCAGGGUAGUGCCAACGCGGCUGUGCUGGAUGUCAAUCAAACGGGCGGCCAUAAGAAGCGGGUGCGGCGCAGUUCCUUCCUGAACGCCAAAAAGCUUUACGAGGACGCGCAGAUGGCCCGGAAGGUCAAACAGUACCUGUCCAACCUGAGCCUAGAAACCAACGAGGAGAGUCUGCAGACGCUUUCGCUGCAGUGUGAAUCUUCCAUCAGUACAUUGCCCAAGAAUACCGGCGGGAAACGGCCGGACACCUCCCCAGUUGUGUCCAGAGCAGCGAGCCAGCAAAGAGGCCAGCUCGCCAAAGGGAACCAGGCCCUGCAGGUCCCCGCUGUGGCCUUGCACCCAUCCCGAAAGAGAGUGCCAGUCAAGGAUCUGCCACCCUUUGGCACCAGUUCACCCCAGUCCCUGAAGAAGAUCCUCUCUCUGUCUGAGGAGGGAAACGAACGGCAUCGCAAGCCCCCAGAGGACACCGUGUCCAACGCCUCUUCCCAGCUCUCCUCCCCACCCACCUCCCCACAAAGCUCACCCAAGAAGGGGUACGGCCGAAUGGGCGACGCCUACUCAGACUCUGGGCACAGUGAGAUCUCGUCCCGCUCCAGUCUGGUCAGUAACUCCUCCUUCGACAUGACUCAGGAGGAGAGGAGGCUGCGUCACUCUGGGGGAGUGGGGGAAUUCCACAGCGGCGGACCCCGGAUGGAACGGAGAGCCACCACCGACGCUGACCAGUACAGCCUGGGGUCGUACUCGUCGAUGCAGGACUGUCGGGGCAUUUACGCCGGCUGUCCCACCGUGCUGUCCUCCCCCAGCUCAGAGGAGCUAACCCAGGAUCAAGGGGACCGCGUCUCUCUUGACGCUGCAGACAGCGGCCGCGGCUCUUGGACUUCCUGUUCCUCCGGCUCCCAUGACAACAUCCAGACCAUGCAGCAGGGGCGCAGCUGGGAGACUCUUCUUUUGGGUGGAGGUAGCAGUGGGGGUAGCAUUGGAGGACCUGAGAUCUUAGGGGGCUUAGGGGGUCAUGCUGCUCUGUGGGCAGCGCAGACCAGGGCCAGCUGGGCAUCCGUCAGCUCUUCCUCGUCCUCGGCGGCGUACUGGGGGGAGGACUCCGAAGGAGACACGGGAACCAUCAAGAGGAGAGGCGGAAAGGACGUGAACGCAGAUGCAGAGACCAGCAGCAUCACCUCCACAGGCUCCGAGGAGGCCAAGCUGCUCAGCCGGCCCACUCCAUCACCGAUCCCAUCGGGGGCCCGAAAGGACGGCCGUUACCGGGAACCUCCCCCAACUCCCCCCGGCUACACCGCCCUAACCAUCUCUGAUCUCUCUGAGGGCCAGCACCCUCCUCCACCCGCCCCCACAUCCACAGCCACCCACUCAGGCCGCCGCCCACCUGACUACACAACAGCACUGCAACGCUCGCGCAUGGUUACUCAGUCACCCGACUCCCACCAGGCGCAGCAGGGCUCCAAGCAUCGGGGGGCCGGCCCCCAGCGCACAUGCUCACCAGCUGAGGGGCAGGAGCCUGAGGAGGAGGAGGAGGAGGAGGAGGACGAGCAGGUGUCGGCGGUCUGAGGACGCCAGCUUGCGCCCCCCAACUGCAGUAGCUUGAAGGGACAGACGUGCCUGCCUCCUCCCCUCAGCUGCCCCUUCCUCCCCCCCUGCCUUAAAGCAUCAUGGGGAGUUGAAGAACCCUGCAUGCUGAAAAUACUGUGAAGAACCGAAGAGAGACCAUGAAGAGGCACCCGGCACUGCGGACACGGGACCCAAACCCAACGGGGGCUGGUGUCCCGCCCCACACCAUCAACCAGACGGACGUCUCUGCUAGCAGUGGACCCCCCCCCUCUAACUGUUAAGGCAGCAGCAUUGUGAAGAGUCCUGCUUCCUCUGCACUUUGAUGGAGAAGCAGUCGGGGACAGCAGCUGACUCCUCUCACCCCCCCUCCUGAUUGCACUCUGAGGUCAGCCCAUCUGUGCCUGAACGGAGGAGUUCCUGAAAUCCAGUGUUAUCCAACCCCCCAGGGGCCACACGUGUGCGCACGCCCCGCCUCGCCUCUCAUGGACCCGUGUAAACGAAUGCAGUUCCAGUCCAAGCACUUUUAGCACGGCUGCAGGGCCCCCACCACAGAGACCCCCGCGUCCCGUUCUGUCCAGAAGCACAGCCGCUCGGAAUCACAAGGAGCGAUCAAAGGGGGGGCUCAGAGUAGCCAGGCCGCCCGCCGCACAUUUCAGAGGUCAUGAGACAUCCACCACUUCCUGUACAGACUGGCCCUUCACAAUAAGAGUGUCCCCUGACAGAUGUGAGUGCUGUGAGUGUCCAAGCGCCUUAUGAUGACAGUCCCCCCACAGCAGUAUUCAAUCAGACUUUAAUGGAGUCAAAUGCCUUAGUCACAACUCUUCCCUUUGCUCCUGUUGACUGAGAGGAAGAAGAGGCUGCCCCUCUUCCUCGCUCUGACGCCUCCAAACAUCCAAUCUUGCCCUGAUUGGCACCGUCGGUCCAAAUGACUGCAGACUCUUUUCUCCUCCACUGCGGUGGAGAAGGCGAUGUAUGAAGUACAGUUCUGCCAGUCAUAGAGGGUCGGGCCCCCCCCCUGGAGAGGUUCUGAUCACAUUGAUCAGCCUCUGAUCCCACAUGGGGGAGAACCAUGAAUGCGGUUCUGGACGGCCCGCCAACAUUUCCCUUGUAAACCUGAUCUUUUGUACUGGCAGCAGAUUGUUAAUAACUUGUUUGUAAUACCGUGGUGACAUGAAUCAUUCUCUCUGAGGGUCAUGUGUGUGUCAGCACGGCCCCUCAUGUUUUGAAAAAUAAACGUUGCACAAAAAGUAUCAGAGUACAGAUAGAUAAGUGUAGUGGGUAGAGCUGCUGCUGCUGCUGCGUUUGAUGUCAGUGAGAAAUGUACAUUUAGCUCGUGAUGACUUCUUUAUUCUUUCUUGUACUACUUUAACCUGUAUGUCUUUUAAAAAGACAAGUGGUGGAGUAUGCAUCGGUUGUUUUGUAUUUUUAAUACAAUAAUUGUACAUAUUGGUUAUAUUUUUGUUCAAAAGUGAUAUGUUUAUGCCUCAACAUCCGGUUUAUAUGAAGCUGGGGAUCAAUAAAAGCGCAUAAAGGUCUGGGUUUUAAUGCACUUCUUCUCUUUUGUCCUGAUACCAGUCAGUGUUGGAAGAAGUGAUGAACCGGACUGGACCGGUUCUCCGCCCAGACUUUUCUAUGUGACCCCCGCUGGGUCAGAAUGAAUAAAAAGACACAUUUCAGUCUUUUCCUGAUUUCCUUUUCUUGUCUUGUUAUCUUGAGAUCUGCAGAAAACCACAUUUGGUUUCUGUUUUUGUAAUAAAAUUCUGUUGGUGAAACCUC